GGCCGUCAACGCACUGUUUGUAUGCCAGUCUUCUCCCCCUCGCGCCGCCGCCGAGCGAGCGAUCCGAUCGAGCCGGAGCUGAGUCACCAAUUCACCAUUGACCCAUCCCGCCACAUUCCUCACCCCAUCCCCCCUCCGUCCCUUCUCCAUCCAACGGCCGCCGGCUCACCCGCCUCUUCCAAACAUCUUCCCUCCCAGGGCCACUCCAUAUUAAACCCGAACCGAGAGUCACCAUUAAACUAAGCACAUGAAGCACAACCAUCACAGAAGAUAAGCAAGAAAAACCCCCAUUCGCGAUUCCCUCCAGCUCUCAACCAACUGCGCACGCCUACUGCCUCGUCAUUUAUAAGCCUCCCUCUCUUCUCCGCUCCGUCAUCGUACACCAUUCCCACUAAACCAGCCGUUCCUCUAGGUGUUAGUUACCAGGCAGUUCCAAUUCCCAAUCACCAUGGCUAAUCCAAGAACGGUGCUGACCUCCGCGCCGUCGCCGCCCGGAUGCUGCCCCUCCUCCUCCUCCUCCUCGUCGUCGGUGGCGUUCGUGCCGCCGUCGCCAUCCGACGGGGAGCUGCUCCGGUCGCUGCACCGCCUCGCGCGGGACCUGUCCGCCGCCGCCGCCGCCGAGACGCCGGCCCCGUUCCUGCGCGCCGCGCUCGCGUCCAUCACGAGGCGGUCCAAGCUCCUGGCGGCCGCGCUCGACGACCUGGUCGCGUGCGCCGCGGCGGGCGACCUGCCGCGGUCCGCGUCGCUGUGCCUCCGCGAGGUGCUCCUCGUGCUGCAGCGCUUCAAGGCCCUCGCCGCCGACUGCGCCGCGCGGAGCCGGAUGCGGCUGCUGCUGCAGUCGGACGAGAUCGAGGAGGAGGUGCGGGAGCUGCACCAGGACCUGGCCACGCUGCUCGACCUCCUCCCCGUCGCCGAGCUGGGCCUCGCCGAGGACGUCGUGGACCUGCUGGCGCUCGCGUCGCGCCAGUGCCGGCGGUUCGCGCCGGCGGCCGGGGCGGAGCAGGCGCUCAAGGCCAGGGUGCUGUCGCUCAUACAGGGAAUCGAGCGGGAGAUCGUGCCGGAGCGGGAGCGGCUGGAGGAGAUCCUGGAGGAGGUGGGCAUCAGUGACGCGGCGAGCUGCGGCGACGAGAUCGAGAGCCUCGAGCGGGAGAUCGGCGACCGCGCCUCGGAGAGGUGGACGGACGCCAUGAUCGCGCUCGUCGGCCUGCUCCGGUACGCCAAGUGCGUCCUGUUCAGCGCCACGCCCCGGCCUUCAGAUUCCAAGCCGAACCCCGAGGUCGAAGAGGAGGCGGAGCCACCGGCGCCGCCGCCGGACUUCCGCUGCCCCAUCACCCUCGACAUCAUGCGCGAACCCGUUGUCGUCGCCAGCGGCCAGACAUACGACCGCGAGUCCAUCGCCCGGUGGUUCGAUUCCGGCAAGUCAACGUGCCCCAAGACAGGGCAGGUCCUCACCAAUCUGGAGCUCGUGCCCAACAAGGCUCUCAGGAAUCUCAUCGCCAAGUGGUGCCGGGGGAACGGCGUCGCCGUGGAGAGCAGUGAGGCCAGCAAGAGCGAGCCGGCGCAGGCGGUGUCCGCGAACAAGGCCGCGCUGGAGGCGGCGCGCAUGACGGCAACGUUCCUGGUGAAGAAGCUCUCCAUCUCAUUCUCCCCUGACGCGGCCAACCGCGUCGUGCACGAGAUCCGGUUGCUGUCCAAGUCCGGCAACGACUGCCGCGCGUUCGUCGGAGAGGCCGGGGCCGUGCCGAUGCUGGUGCCCCUGCUCUACUCCGAGGACGCGGGGCUCCAGCUGAACGCCGUCACGGCGCUGCUGAACCUCUCCAUCCUCGAGGCCAACAAGAAGCGCAUCAUGCACGCCGAGGGCGCCGUGGAGGCGGUCACCCACAUCAUGAGCUCCGGCGCGACGUGGCGCGCCAAGGAGAACGCGGCGGCUGCCGUGCUUAGCCUGGCGUCCGUCCACACCUACCGGCGCCGCCUCGGCCGGAACCUGUCCAUCGUGGAGAAGUUAGUGCACCUGGUGCGCACCGGCCCGACGAGCACCAAGAAGGACGCAUUGGCCGCGCUGCUGUCGCUGGCCGGCGAGCGGGAGAACGUCGGGAAGCUCGUGGACGCCGGCGUGGCGCAGGUGGCCCUGUCGGCGGUCAGCGAGGAGGAGACCGCGGCCGCGGUGCUGGCCGCAUUGGCGAAGCGCGGCGGCGCGGAGGCGAUCGUGGGCAUGGAGGGCGCCGUGGCGCGGCUGGUGGCCGAGAUGCGUCGCGGCACGGAGUGGGGCCGGGAGAACGCGACGGCAGCGCUGGUGCUCCUGUGCCGGCGUCUGGGGGCGCGCGCGGUGACGCAGGUGAUGGCCGUGCCCGGCGUGGAGUGGGCCAUCUGGGAGCUGAUGGGCACCGGCACGGAGCGCGCCCGUCGCAAGGCCGCGUCGCUCGGCAGGAUAUGCCGGCGGUGGGCCGCCGCCUCGGCCGCCGACGGCGAGCGCGGCAACGGGUGCCCCGCCGGCGCCAGCGUCGUGCCGCCGGCCAUGAUGGCGUCAUGAUCGAGUCGCGAUGCCGGAUAGGAUAAGCUCAGAAAAGAAAGGAUUCUUUCCUCCUCUUCUCUUUCAUCAUGUACAAAAAGUUUGCUUAGGCUGUCACGAUUCUUUGAUCAGAGAGAGAUAAUGGCGAGUGGCUGAUCAACUGUGCAUACGGAGACCUCUGUACCAAAUGCAAAAUUUCCUCCAUUUCUACCAGAAUUUUAGUCUACGGCAGUUGGCGGUUCUAAACAGCAAUGAAAAAAAUGGGAUUAGUUUGAGACUCCAUUUGCUGAUCUGUGGCCUGUCAUCAAACGAGGAUAACAAAAAGAAGAAGAGGUUUGCUCCUGAACCGUCCGGACGUCUGAGCUACUGUUUGGUACAGGAGGGAAAGCAACGGGAUUUGUUCCGAUUAGCCAGGUGAUGGGGCCGUCCCGUCUGCUCUCUGCUCCAUCAUCCAGCCGUAAACAGAAGCAGGCGAAGCGACCGCGGUGCAUUGGCGCCUUUAGUUUUUGGCUAUAGGAGUAUCAUUGAUGGGGUGGUUGAUGGGUCCCCUGCGGCCUGCGCGAGCGGAGGAGUGAUUGCCUGAUGAUCGGGACCAGGAACCGGCCACCCUUUCACCCUCUGAGGAGGAGAUGGUGUCCACGGCACGGUACGGGAAUACGGGAUGCCCUGGUGCCCAACCGCCUCGCUACGCCACGAGCAGGUGCCGGAUGGUUCGCCGGUUCCAGGCUUCCAGCGAAGCGCCGCGCAGCCGAGGCGAGGGCGGCGGGCUGACCGCGGCCGCGCGCCGCCGGCUGCCGACCAGCCGUGGUUUUCUUCUCGGUUUCGAUGCUGAUGCGGCAGGGCCGGAGAAGAGUGCAGCUUCUUCUCGGAUCGCGCGGCGUGUUUCUUGUGCGCGUGCGCGGGCGCUGGGCGGCUCGUCCUCGUCCUCUUGCGGCUUGCCGAGUUUGACCCGGCCAUCUCGAUCCAGCUGGGUGCUUUCGUGGCGUUCAAAAGAUGGUUUAAACCUUGGGUUUAGGCAUAUCUUUUCAGGCAAGGAAGCACGACAUCUUGCUUCCCAGUGGAAAGCUGAGAGAUGCUGUUCCCUGUCAUGCUGCACGAAGCAUUGCCUUUUCGUUUUCUCCUAUUCUAAUCGGUGUGGCGCUGUUCUGUCCGUUCUUUGCAUCUCUUCACCCAGCCGACUGCAAAGAUGACGCGUCGGCAGAGUUGCAGCUGCUUGUUUAUCAUGAAAUCAGAUCCGGCGUGUAUUGAGUUAUUGACAGACACAUCCCGUGAAGUCCACUGUUGGAACCAUUCCGAAAAACAAGCCAGUUCACGCCGUAAUUCCAUGUUGACAAGUGCAUGGAAGCGAUCGUCAUCGCGGAUGACCUCACCAGAGAAAUGCAAGGGUUGACCUAGCUAAAACAUACUCCUCUGCAGCUAAUUUCUUUAAGAAAGCAUCUGUAACCGGCGUCUAGAACAGAGUACUAGUUGGCUUUUCAUUUUUAAACGGGCGGCAGGACAGCGUCCUUUUCCAUUGAAAGGGUGCAAAACAAGCAGAAGAUGCAGAAACUUGGUUGAUACAGUCAAGCACUCAAAUGGUGUUUAUUGCCAAAUGGUGAGCACUCGGCCUCUAUCUAGAACAGAUGCUGAACAGCAGCAGGUGACGGGGAGACCAGUAGGAUCACAACCGGAACCAUCAUCCCUAUCCUGUAACCGCAUCUAUCUCGCCGAGUCAAGAAGGAGAAAGAACGAUGUGAAAGUA